UAAAUCCAAAUUAUCCUGUAGCAGGAGGGAAUCAGCUGGAGCAGCCGUGCUGAGCCCCUGGCAGAGCUUAGAGCUGUGCCAGGGAGGUGGAGGAGAGCACUGAUGCCUGGCUUGAAGUGGAAAUGCCCUUAACAAGGUGGAAAUGCUCUCAGCAUUGAUACCUGCAUGGAUUCCCCAGAAGAAGAUUUCUCCAACCAGGUGAAUUCCACAUCCCUGAACUCCCCCACGAGCCGGGGGCCCAUGGCCACCCCGUCCCUGCACCCGUCCAUCGGGCCGGGCAUCGGCUCCUCACUGGGCUCCCCGGGCCAGCUGCACUCGCCCAUCAGCACCCUGAGCUCGCCCAUCAAUGGCAUGGGCCCCCCCUUCUCCGUCAUCAGCUCCCCCAUGGGCCCGCACUCGAUGUCUGUCCCCUCCACGCCCAGCCUGGGAUUCGGCACCAGCAGCCCGCAGCUCAACUCGCCCAUGAACUCCGUCACCAGCACAGAAGACAUCAAGCCACCCCUGGGGCUCAAUGGAGUCCUCAAAGUGCCAGCACAUCCCUCAGGAACGAUGGCCUCCUUCACCAAGCACAUAUGUGCCAUCUGUGGGGACAGAUCUUCGGGUAAACAUUACGGGGUUUACAGCUGUGAGGGCUGCAAAGGCUUCUUCAAGCGCACGGUGCGGAAGGACCUGACCUACACGUGCCGGGACAACAAGGACUGCCUGAUCGACAAGCGCCAGCGCAACCGCUGCCAGUACUGCCGCUACCAGAAGUGUCUGGCCAUGGGCAUGAAGAGAGAAGCCGUGCAGGAGGAGAGGCAGCGGGGCAAGGACCGCAACGAGAACGAGGUGGAGUCCACGAGCAGCGCCAACGAGGACAUGCCCGUGGAGAAGAUCCUGGAGGCCGAGCUCGCCGUGGAGCCAAAGACAGAGACCUACAUCGAGGCAAACAUGGGCCUGACCCCCAGCUCGCCCAAUGACCCGGUGACAAACAUCUGCCAGGCAGCAGACAAGCAGCUCUUCACCCUGGUGGAGUGGGCCAAGAGGAUCCCCCACUUCUCCGAGCUGCCCCUGGAUGACCAGGUCAUCUUGCUCAGAGCAGGGUGGAACGAGCUGCUAAUUGCCUCCUUCUCCCACCGCUCCAUAGCCGUGAAGGACGGGAUCCUGCUGGCCACGGGGCUGCACGUGCACAGGAACAGCGCCCACAGCGCCGGCGUCGGGGCCAUCUUCGACAGAGUACUGACAGAACUGGUGUCCAAAAUGAGAGACAUGCUGAUGGACAAGACAGAGCUGGGCUGCCUGCGAGCCAUUGUCCUCUUCAACCCUGACUCCAAGGGCCUGUCGAACCCGGCGGAGGUGGAGGCGCUGCGGGAGAAGGUGUACGCGUCGCUAGAGGCUUACUGCAAACACAAAUACCCCGACCAGCCCGGCAGGUUUGCCAAGCUCCUGCUCCGCCUCCCAGCCCUGCGAUCCAUCGGCCUGAAAUGCCUGGAGCACCUCUUCUUCUUCAAGCUAAUAGGCGACACGCCCAUCGACACCUUCCUGAUGGAAAUGCUGGAAGCGCCGCACCAAAUGACUUAGAGAACUCUGCUGGGUCAGUCCCUCGCCCGGCCGGGCUCCCUCGGGGCCCUUCCUCUGCUUUCCUCGGCCCCAGCCCGUCCCUCCCUGCUGUCCCCAGCGCCGGAGGCACCGUCUGCUCCUGGGGACCCUCCUGGUCAUCCUGCCCUCCCUGUCCGUUCGCUGUCACUGCUGCGUCUCCAGACCUGCCCGCUGGUUCCCUGUGCUACUUGUAGAGGAGUGGGAGCGGAGAGAGCUUUGCCAACCCCUGCCCCCGCCGUGCCGUGAGGUUUGGGAUGAGCCACCACGGGCUGGUGUCACCGCCAGCCCUCCCCCUGGGGACAAGGACGGUGCCAGCCCUCGGGGCAGUGGGGGUUUGGACGAGCCGAGGGGAGUGGUUGGACUCUGCCAGAUUUGCAGCUGGGCUAUUUUCAGAGGAUGGAGUUUUUGGAAAAAAAAAAAAAAAAAAAAAGGAAAAAAAAAAAAAAAAAAAAAGGAAAAAAAAAAAAAAAAAAAAAGAAA